AUGCGUCCAGUCGCAUUCGCCUCCAGAAAUCUUUCCGAAACAGAACGUCGAUACUCAACAAUCGACAAAGAGGCAUUAGGGAUUGUUUAUUCAGUAACAAAGUUCCAUCAAUACCUUUAUGGACGAAAAUUUACUUUGCUAACAGAUCAUAAGCCUCUUGAACGUAUUUUUAGUCAAGAAAGAGAAACACCCAAAGUCGCAAGCAACCGAUUACUUAGAUGGGCCAUGAUCUUAAACAGUUACGAGUACACCAUAAAUUACCACACGGCUAAGGAGAAUACUCCAGCAGAUGCACUUUCAAGAUUACCGCUGCCAAACUCUGAUUUAACUAUAGAAGAACGAACAGGGUUACCCCAAUUUGCCCAUCUCUUACAUCUUAGACUGAGUAAUAUACCCGUAACAAAACAAAAACUUAGAAAAGAGACACUUAACGAUAUAAACCUUAACAAAAUCAAAAACUUCAUAACAAAUUAUUGGCCGGAAAAAAAAGAACUACCGAUAGAAAUGCAUACUUACUUCGAGAAACGAGAACAAUUGUCAUUUGAAGAUGGAAUUAUCCUGUGGAACGGAAGACUAUGUAUACCAAAAAAAUUACAAUCAGCCAUACUAGAAAUGUUACAUGACGGACAUAAUGGGGUAAAUGCUAUGCAGUCACUGGCAAGAUUGCAUGUGUACUGGUCAAACAUAGACAAAGAUAUUCAAAAUUUUUCGAAACAUUGCAAAUUAUGCCAAUCUUCAAAAACCAACACUAACUCUGCACCGGUGUACCCUUGGGGAGUGCCGCCGGAACCAUGGCAUAGAUUACAUAUAGAUUUUGCGGGACCAUUUCUCGGGUACAUGUGGCUUAUAGCAAUAGAUGCUUAUACAAAAUGGCUGGAAGUUAUACCAAUGAAAUCAACAACAUCAGGAGCAACAAUAAGUCGUCUAGACAACAUAUUCGCCACAUUCGGUAUUCCGAAAUAUAUAGUUACAGAUAAUGGCCCUCAAUUCAUAUCAAGCGAAUUUAGAAGCUACUGUCAGAGUAUCGGCACAACACACAUAAAAACAACACCAUAUCACCCUAGAACUAAUGGGUUAGCUGAACGUGCUGUCCGAACAUUCAAAGAACGUAUGCUUGCCUCGGAUAAGAAUAUUGACAUACAUGGACGCCUUAACAGAAUUCUUCAGGCAUACCGGAACACAACCCGACGUUCAACGAACAGAACCCCUUACGAAGCGAUGUUUGGAAGAACAAUGCGUACUACCUUCGAUUUAUUGAAACCUAACAUCCGAGACGAUCUAGAAAGAACGCGAUUAUAUAAGGAGUUGAGACCAACAAACAAAGAAGUUGUCCCACCAACAUAUAAACUUGGAGAUAAGGUUUGGGUAAAUAAGCCCUUGACAAAGGGAUCAGAUCCUGCAAUAAUAACGAAAUGUAACGGACCAUACUCUUACGAGGUGGAGUUUUCAAAUGGAAUUCGUAGCCGUAAGCAUUCCGAUCAAUUACGUCCAAGAUUGAGCGGCAGUCAGGAUGAUGACCCUACAAGUGCUUACACCCACUACUAUAAACGUAUAGACACAGAGGAUCAAUUACAACAUGGUGAUUAUAGAAACCAGCUAUCACCGAUACCCUCUACGAGCGCGCAACAUCCUGAGGGUCCAAUAGUGUUUCAAGAUGAGGAUGCAACUUUUCCGUCGACAUCACGUGGCGCCACUGCCACUACCACAACACCGCAGCUGCAAGUGCCACGUCGUUCGCAACGCCAGCGGAAACUACCAGCACGAUUAGGUUUAUAG